AUGUCUUUUGACGACGAAGCACUCGACCUCGAGGCAGUAUUUACAGAACCGCCGAGGCCACCCACACCUGAACCCACCACCGCGAUCUACACGCGCGAUGAAGCGAACAUCCACAGCGAGGAGGAUUGGAAAGAGUUAAAGAUUAGAUUGGUUGGCUCACACCCACUAUGGGCCCACCAUCUCUGGAAUGCAGCCAUCGCGCUCGCGACAUUUUUAGACGCGAAUGCUGAGCUAUAUCGGGGUCGGCAUGUACUCGAGCUCGGCGCUGGGGGCGCACUUCCGAGUCUUGUAACCGCAAAUAAUGGGGCUGCGAAGGUCGUGGUUACAGAUUAUCCGGACAAGUCGCUGGUGGAUAACAUGAAGCACAACAUGUCUGAGAAUGUGAAGGAAGAGCUCAUCGGCCGUGUUGACAUUCAGGGAUACAUCUGGGGGCAUGCUGUCGAGCCUCUACUAGACGCAUUACCUCCGGAUUCUAGGUCUCAUAAAUUCCACCUCGUCAUUCUGUCCGAUCUCAUUUUUAGCCACUCACAACACGAUGCCCUGCUGAAGACCUGUGAACUCGUGCUCUCAGAUAAGACGCCCACAAACGUGCUCGAGCCCUGCGUCCUCGUGUUCUACACGCACCAUCGUCCGCACCUUGCGCACAGAGAUAUGGAGUUUUUUAGCAAAGCGAGGGAAGCGGGUUGGACGUGCGAGGAGAUUCUGCAGAAAAAGUUCUUGCCGAUGUUCCCUGAGGAUUCGGGAGAGGAAUCGAUACGGUCAACUGUGCAUGGAUGGAAAUUAACGAGACGGAAUGAACAAUAG